UCAGGACGUGGCAGUUGGACCGAAGAUAUUGGAUUCGAUUUGAACACCGACUUUAAUAGCAAUUCUUAUCUGAGCAAUGAAUCCUUUUUGUCAUUCUCUCCGGCCCUGACGGUACUGAAACAGGAGCCUCAAAGUGAUCAGUUGAAGGUCUCCAAUAAAAGUCCAUUAAAUACUCAUCCUGCCGUUGGUGGCAGUGGAGGAAGUGUACCAAAACUAGAUAAGGCAGCAUCGCACGUGGAUACGGCAGCGACCACUGAAGACACUUCCAAAAAUGCCUUGAACAAUUCUCUCUGUGGAUGUGGUUCGCCGAAGUCCGGCGUACCACAAGAAAUUGAACACAAUGGCAAUAACGCCGACAAGUCCAACAGUAGUGGAGCCAAUGGAUUUGGUAAUACCGGUUCACCCUACGGUGGCGGAGAAAAGAUUACUGUACAGGGAAAUUCAGGUUCACAGCAGUUGACUGUGGUCGAUGGAAGCAAAGUUGAGAACAGUACUGGAGGUGGUGGGGUUAAUGGCAAUAAUGCCAAUGCACACUCCGAUGAUCACAAAUUUCAGUACAUUUUGGCAGCUGCUACGUCUAUAGCUACCAAGAAUAAUGAAGAAACCCUUACCUAUCUAAAUCAGGGACAAAGCUAUGAAAUUAAGCUGAAGAAGAUUGGUGAUUUGUCAUUCUAUCGCGAUAAAAUACUUAAGAGUGUCAUCAAGAUCUGUUUCCAUGAGCGUCGCCUACAGUUUAUGGAGCGCGAACAAAUGCAACAAUGGCAAGCUUCACGUCCUGGCGAGCGAAUAAUUGAAGUUGACGUUCCACUUUCAUACGGCUUAUGUCACGUAUCGCAACCUUUAAAUCCAAAUUUUUUGAAUACCGUUGAGAUUUUUUGGGAUCCCUUGAAAGAAGUUGGCGUAUAUGUUAAAGUGAAUUGCAUUUCAACCGAGUUUACACCAAAAAAACAUGGCGGUGAAAAAGGUGUACCAUUUAGACUACAGAUUGAAACAUACAUAGAAUCAACCAAUACUACGGGAGCAGCAGUUACCGGUACGGCUUCAGCAUCUUCUUCAGUUGCAUCGGCAAUAUCAGCAAAUGGAACAGCCAAUGCGUCUUCGCCGAUUGGCCUUACAAUGUCCCCGGGCAUAUCGGGUAGUCUAACACCAAACCACAACACUAAUAGCAACCACCCAAUCGUUAGUGGUAAACAACCGGUUCACGCAGCGGCUUGUCAAAUAAAGGUUUUUAAACUGAAGGGUGCUGAUCGCAAGCAUAAACAGGAUCGCGAAAAAAUACAAAGGCGGCCUCAAGCAGAGCAAGAAAAAUUCCAGCCAAGCUAUGAAUGCACCAUUAUGAACGACAUACCUUUAGAGUUGAUAACUUCAACAACUUCUGGCAGCUUCAGUCCUGAAUAUUUGAAAAUUUGGCCUAACUCGCCGGUCCACAUUCCGAAGUAUGAUGGCAUAUUGCCGUACACUGGUGGAUCGCCUGUCACCAACACCAACCCCAUAGCAAUUAACAGUGUCACUUCAACAAAUUCACCAACGUUGAAACUAAUGGAUGGUAACAUGGUGUCCCCGCAGCAGUCCACCACGCCAGACAUGGAUGACUAUGCUAUCAACAUUUUGCCAGAGUCCACUCCGUCCCAAGUCGCACAGUGGCUGAACCACCAUCGCUUGACGUCUUACCUUUCAACAUUUGCCCACUUUUCAGGCUCUGAUAUUAUGAGGAUGUCUAAGGAGGAUUUAAUUCAAAUAUGCGGCCUUGCCGAUGGGAUUCGUAUGUUCAAUAUACUGCGCGCUAAAGCAAUUGCACCUCGUCUUACACUCUACGUAAGUAUGGACGGUAGUAGCUACAACGCCAUAUAUUUGGUCUCCAACACAUCAAGAGAACUAAUGCAGAAGCUUUGCAAAAUGCCCGGAUUUUACGAGAUGAUGGCAAACGGCACUACAAACGGAACAAUGGAAAAUGGAACUAUAUACAGCAACUGGAGCAUGCAUUCUAAAUAUUCCGGAAGUGGUUCAAACAUCUUUAGUGAUAGCUCUAAAAAUUUUAUAUUUUUAGCUGGCCCGUCAGGAGUGCAUGUAAAUGUAACUGAUGAGGUAUUGAAUAACGAAGUAAAAGACGGAAGUCUUUAUACUCUGGAAGUACAAAAUGGCCAAGUUGUUAUGAAAUUGAUUAACAAAAAUGAUAACUGAAGACGAAAUAUUCGUAUCAGGCAUAUUCUUAAUUUAUAAGCCCACAAUUUUAAUAUUCAUUCAUACCCAACCUAAGCUUUGAUCUGACUCAAUUACCAACAAAAAUUAUUAUUACCUUCCAUUUAGAAACAUACUCGUAUGUACCAGGUUAUAAGAAAUUUAACAGCUUUUUUAAUUACUGCAUCAAAAUUAAUAUUUAUUUUGAGUAAAGAUAAAAUUUUCAAGUACGGAUGUUUGUUUUUGGUUUCUACAUACAUAUAUGUAUGUACAUAUACAUAUAUGUGUUUCAAUUUUAAUGUUAUUUCUUUCCGAUGAGAACAAGAUUGCUAAUAUCGAUAUAAUUACAUACUUAUGUACAUACAUAUGUAUGUACAUAGUAUAUCUGUAUGUACAUAUAUCUGACCAGCAAACACAGUCUCAAACGUUUGAGGAAAAUUUAUUUCUCAAUUUGAUAUCAAAUGUUUUUGUCAAAUUAUUCUCAAAUUGAAAACGAGGUUUAAAUUUUACAUUUGAAAUUCAUUUGAGGUUGAUUUGAAGAAAGAUGGCAAGUGUCAAACGAUAUAAAAAUGCGCAGUUAAAUCAAAAAUUGUAAGAAUAAAACUUGGAUCAAUUGAAAAAAAGCAAUGAAUAGAAAAAAAUUUUCAAAGAGAAAGCCCACAAAUAGUGGAUUUGAUGUUUGCGCGGAUUGAAGAAGUUGCAGCCCUUCAAGACGAAUUUAUUAUAAAUUACUUUAUCUUAACUGUUUCCUUUGUUAUGUAUAUACAUAUGUGCAUCGCGAAGAAAAAAUAAAUAUGAAAUAUACAUUUCCUAUAAUAAAUUCUAUUUCCACAUUUGAAGUACAAUUGAUAAAUAACCAUUGAAAUUGAUUUGAGAGUUAACCAUAUUCUCAAAUGGAGAUAAAACUCUCCUUUUUAUUGAGAAAGCUGUCAUUUUCAAAUCAAUAUCAAAUCAUUUUCAAACGUUUAAAAUUUGAGAAAGGCUUUGAUUUUAAGUCAUUCUCAAAUGUAUAUCAAACCUAACUGUUUGCUGGGUGUAUACAAUAUACAGCAGUUGAAUCCACACAUAUACAUGCAUAAAUAUACACAUAUGUAUACAUAAACUUAUAUUUCCUAUUAUAAUCUUAUUUUUUGCAUGCAUAUUGUUUAAGAAAAAUUCAAACUUAAAUCAAAAAGGCAGGCCACACAAAGCACUUUUAUUGAGAGACAACUACUAACAAUCAAACAAAUUAUCA